AUGCCCUCCUUUCUCGCCGCAUCUUCCGCCGCAUCCUCCGCCGUUUCCUCCGCCGCCUCCGCCGUCUCGUCCCUCCGCCGCGCUCUUUUCAGCCGACGGAAAGCAGCACAAACCGACGCUGAACCUUCCAGGAAACCGGGCGACCAUCCGAACCUAGGCCACCACCAUCGGAUCACCACAACCACCAGAUCAACGGCUGAGAUUGACGGGGGAGCCGACACCACCACGAGCGAGCCGCAGGGUUUCGGCAUUCCCAAGGGUUUCGACAUUCCCAAGGGGAUGCACGGGCCGUUCACGGGGCACCACCCGCGCCUCGGCCACCACACCGCCUCUGUUGGGCACCACUGGUUCGGCGGAGGCCGCCACUCGGGGGCGGGUGCCGCCAGCGCGGAGCGGCGCGCGCCGUUCGGCGGAGGGCACCAUCCGCGGAAGGCGGACGGGACUUUCUUGUUCGGGCACCACCCGUCGGGCGUGGGGCAUCAUUUAAAGCGCGGGCAGAAGUGCUUGGACGCGCGUGCCGCAACCUACGCAGCGACGUGUUCCACUGCGGCAACUGCCUCACGGCGUGUUUCCCCCAUCCGUCCCAUCCGACCCCGCCCUUCCCCCCUCUCCCGUUGCUUCAGGCGCGCGUGCCGUAAUCUACGCAGCGACGUGUUCCACUGCGGCAACUGCCUCACGGCGUGUCCGACGGGCCACCACUGCUGCGACGGCGCGUGCGUCAGCAUCAUGGACGAUCCACGUCACUGCGGCGGCUGCUACAACACGUGUCCUGCUGACUCGGCGUGCCAGCUAGGAAUGUGCGGAUACGGCAGCAGCAGCGGCAGCAGCAGCAGCAGCAGUGGUGGCAGCAGCGGCAGCGCUGGCAGCAAAACUGGUGGCACUGAUGGUACUGGUGGGUUUAGUGGGGUUGGUAUGGGAGGUGCUACUACUAGUGGUGAGGCGAGAGGCCGUUAUAACAGUGCUGGCGGAUUCAGCAGUACCACCAGUGGCGGCAGUGGCAGCGGCAGCGGCAGCAGUGGCACCAGCAGCAGCAGCAGCAGCAGCAGCAGUGAUUACGGUGACUUCAAGGUUGCUGACAAGCCUGGUGGCUCUGCCAAGGACAGCGGCAAUACUGAUGGCAGCAGUGGUGUUGAUGGUGCUGGUGAUGGUGCUACUAGUGGUGCUAGUGGUGUUAGUGGUAAUGAGAUUAACCGGAGCAGCGCUGAUGCUGCCGAUUCCAAAGGUGCCAGUUUCAAGAGUGGUUACAGCAGUGACGGCAGGCUUGGCACUGUGGACGCGCAGAGCAGCACCGGCACAACCAAUUUCAACACCAGCGGCAGCAGCAGUAACAGCAGUGGCAGCAGCAGCAGCAGCAGCAGCAGCAGCAGCAGCAGUAACAGUAACAGUAACAGUGGCGAAAAGUCCAGCGAAAGUGGUGACGUUAGUAAGCACACGAGCGUUCUUUGGCCCGAACUGGACGAGGCUUCAGGUGUGGCGUCAGGAGAAUCCGCAGCCUCAGGAAACUCGGCGUCGUCAGGUGAAAAAUCAGGUGACGGUUCAGGUGGAGCGGAUGACUCAGGGGAAAGUUCAGAGGGUGAUGCAGAGGAGAACGCAGGAGUGGGGAAGGGGGACGAGGAGGGGAGGGAGAGUGAGGGAGAGAAGAGGAAGGAGGAGUGGAAGGAGCAUGUGGGAGGGAAGGUGGUUGAUCUCGAUGAGUGGCAGAGAGGGGUGCAGGAGAGCAGCUAUCAUUUGAAGAUGACGAAAGUGGGCCAGGAGGGCAAGGGGAAGGCGAACGAAGGGCAAGGGCACUCACAUUCAAGCAGCAAGAGUGGCAAGGGCAGGGGGAGCAGCAGGAGCAGCAGCAGCAGCAGCAGCAGCAAGGGAGGGGUGCAGGAGAGCAGCUAUCAUGUGGAGGUGACACAGGAGGGCAAGGGGGAGGCGAAUGAAGGGCAAGGGCACUCGCAUUCAAGCAGCGAGGGUAGCAAGAGCGGCAAGGCUGGCAGUAGCACCAGCGGUGGCGGUGGCAGCGGCGGCGCCGGCAGUGGUGGGAGCGGCAGCAGCAAAGGGGGGAGAAACGGGUUCAAGCUGAACACAGAGCGCCAGGAGAAGAGCAGUGGUGGUGGUGGGGCAGAGCAUGAGGCGCAGAGCAGCCCUGGUGGUGGGGGGCAUGGUGGGAGUGGCGGUGGCGGAGGGGAGAUGACGAAACAGUCGAGUACGAAGCAGCUUGAGAUGAAACACGAGCAUGAGCCGCAGCCGAAAGCACCACAGCAGGUAGAGAAGGCGAAGGAGGGGGGGAAGACUGAGCAGCAGCAGCAGCAAGCGGGAGAGAAGGAGCGGGAGGGACAGCAGCAGCAGCAGGCGCCGGAGCAAGGGAUGACAUGGCAGGGAGCGGAUGGGGAUCACCAUGCUGCUGGUCAGGGUGGUGGUGGUGGUGGUAAGGGCGGUGCUGGUGCUGGUGCUGCUGAUGGUGGUGGUGCUGGCAAUGGUGGUGGUGGUGGUACAGCUGAGUGGUUGGGGGUCCACAGCAGUAAAGAACAGCAGAGGGGGCAGCAGCAGAUGGGGCAUGCGAGGCAUGGUUGA